AAUAAUAAUAAUAAUAAUAAUAAUAAUAGUGGUACGGCAGGUGUAUCGGUGUUGGCUUUAUCGGAUGCUGCGGCUCCUUUUGUGAAAUCGGCCUCUACUUCAGCCGUAUCUCAAUAUACCCGAUUUGCACCCAGAGCCUCUUCAACAUCUACUUAUCCAACAACAACAACAACAACUACAACAACAACUACAACUACUACAAUGGGAUCUGCAACACCGCCUCUUCCUCCACAAGCAACAUCUCCUCCACUACCAACAUCUCCUCCACUACGGGCUGCCGUCUCUGCACGGUCGAGUGUAUAUAAACAGUAUCGACUCACCAGUGAUUCUCCGCAGAGUGUUGCCCAUACACCACCGAGUUCGGUGGAAACAGCGCAGUACAUUCCACCGAGUUGGCCAACGUUGUCAUUAACUUCAACAGAUCAUACAUCAAAUAAUAAUAAUAAUAAUAAUAAUAAUAAUAAUAAUAAUAAUAAUAAUAUAUUGCCUUCAAUUGUACCACCACCACCACCACCACCACCGCUAUCUGCAGGAGAAGGCAGUAAUGAUCGUAUAUCACCAAAUUCAUCAAAAGUGAUGCGACCACGUCCAUCGCCAAGAUUGUCUUCGCGAAUGUCAGACUACCGUUGUUUAAUGUGGGAUCAGAGUGGAUUUAUAAAUCCAGGGAAUGACUGUUAUGCAUGUAGUGUUUUGACGCUCUUGCUACGUAGUGCUACCUUCUGCCGUGGCUUAUUUGCGGCUGUUGCUUCUUUUUCUUUAGCAGAUAAUAGUCGAGAAGGGAGUGGAGAUGGCAAUAAUAGCAACAGUAAUAAUAAUAAUAAUAAUAAUAAUAAUAAUAAUAAUAAUAAUAAUAAUAAUAAUAAUGAAUCACCAAGACGAAUUAUUUCAAAGAGACAGUCUCGAUCCAGUAUGUAUGGCAGUAAUGGUAGUAGUAAUAGUACUAUAAACAGUAGUCUUCACAGCGCUCUCUGUAAUUUUGCCUAUUUACUGCAAAAACCAGAAAAGAUUGAGUAUGGACUUGAUAUGACACCACUGCAAAGAUUUUUUCACGGUAAUUUUUUCUGUGGGGAUCAGGAGGACGCACAUGAGUUUUUCUUAGCUCUUGUUCAAAAGCUUGAGGAUGAAUCUAAAGAAAUGCUUAAGGUAAAAGACAGAAUGAAAAAUAGAUCUAAUUACAAUAAUAAUAAUAAUAAUAAUAAUAAUAAUAGUGGUUUGACUGAAGAUAGUCAUGCAGUUUCUGCGGCAACAGAAUUGGAAGCGGAGAAAUUGUUUGAAGAUGGGGCUAGCAAUGAGGAAAAAACAGAGAAGGAUCAAACUGAUAUAGAUUCAAAGCGUAUAUGGGUAAAUACUCUUAUGCAUGGGAAAUUGCUUAAUAUUAUACGCUGUAAAAAUAAAGAAUGUGGACAUGAAAUAGCCACAGAAGAUCCCUAUGUGAAUCUCUCUGUGAAUUUGUUAAAAUUGGAAACAACAGAAGAAAACUCAACUGUACCAAAAGUGUCAACUAUACAUGAAUCUCAUACUGUUGGUCCUAAUACUACUAAUACUACUAACAGUACUACUAGUACUACUAGUAGUGAUAGUAAUAGUAAUAGGAAUAUGGAGGGGAAAGAGCAAACUACACCAAAUGUAAAGAAAAAUAACUCCAAUCACUCCACUCCUGAGAAGAAGAGAAACACUCCCAAUGACUGUUAUGAUGUUCAGACAUUACUCGAACAAAGUCUCCGCUUUGAUGCCCUUGAUAACUACGUCUGUGAUCUCUGUCGAUCUUCCCAACACCAACACCAAGGUGGAUGUUUAUUAGGAGAUGCACCUCCACUUCUUGUAAUUCAAUUAAAACGAUUUGCCGCUGUGUAUGAUGUGCGAACGGGAAUACACAUGACGAAAGACUGCACGCCUGUUCGCGUGAAUGAAGAGUUAACACUAUACGCACUGCGAGAGGAGGGACAAUAUGAUAGAGAAAAGAAACAGUUAACAUCAUCUGUUCGACAGGCGGAGUAUGCGGCCCAACAGGAGGAGGAGGAGGAAGAAGAAGAAAAGACCUCUGAUGAGAAGAAAAGACCCGAAAGGGUACAAAUGGAGAGUUUGGCAGAGAAUUCUUCACAUCAUACUCACGCAAAUGAGGAGUAUCAACAGAAAAAAGAAAAAGAAGUAAAAGAAAGAGAAGAAAAGAAAGAAGAAGUAAAAGACUCUUCAUUGGUAAAAGCUGUACGUAAUCGAUAUCGUUUACGAGGUGUCCUCCUACACAUUGGAUCUUCUCCCUUUGUUGGUCAUUACAUUACGGAAUUCUUUGCCCCUUCCGAAGUACCGGAAAGAGAAAAGAACACAAACACAAAUACUGUAAUGAAAGUGAAUAGUGAUAACGCUUCAGCAGGUGUGUGGUGUAUUGCGGAUGAUAUGAACGUCGGCGUAUUAAAAGAUGAGGUGGUGGAAUUGUGGCGUAGACACUCCUCCAAUUGUUAUUUAUUAUUAUAUGAGAAGAUAGAGGAAGAGGAGGUGUUGUGUCCGGUCUCUCAUGUACUUCCACGGGAGAUGGAAUGUACGGCGUAG